UCUUUACUCCUGCCUGUGGCAGAGACCCAAAGUAGACCACUCAAUACUAUACUCAACUCCAACUACCAGAGGAAAAAGACUACUGCAAGGAUGAGCGGCAGCGUGUGCAGGUGUCUGUUUGGCCCGGUGGAUCACGAGCAGCUGCAGCGAGAUUUGAAGCUGAAACUCCGUGAAAUCUCCGUGGAGGACAGCCGUCGCUGGAACUUUAACUUCCAGACCGACACGCCGCUGCCUGGCAUGUUUGAGUGGGAGCCUGUAGACUGCACAGCCGAUUUCUACCUGGAGUCCUCCCAGAUGGCGGACUCUGGCACAAAGAUCCAAACGGAUGACAGCGGCAACAGCAGCAGCAACCAGGAGAACUGCCCCGGUUUCUCCAACAAGCGUCCCGCUGAAGUGACGCCGGUCCGGAGGAAGAUGAGCCUCAAGCCCCGAGAUAAUGCCCCCAUCACAGACUUUUUUGUCAAGAGGAGGAGGACCACGGAGAGCAAACGCAGCAACUUUGUCACAAGUUCCACUGAAGCAUCUUUGUGCAAAACAAUAAGAUGAUCAAUGUGUACCAAUCUGUCGGGGGGGG